UCCGCGCCGCUGAGAGGGGAGAGAGUCGAAGGAGGUGGAGGAGGAGCCAGUCGCCGCGAUGCCAUCGGAAAAGAGCUUCAAGCAGCGACGCACUUUCGAACAAAGAAUAGAAGAUGUCAGACUUAUUCGAGAGCAGCAUCCAACAAAGAUACCAGUAAUCAUUGAAAGGUACAAAGGAGAAAAGCAACUUCCCAUUCUGGAUAAAACAAAGUUUCUGGUCCCAGAUCAUGUCAACAUGAGUGAGCUGAUCAAGAUUAUCAGGCGUCGGCUGCAGCUGAAUUCCAAUCAAGCUUUCUUCUUACUGGUGAAUGGACACAGCAUGGUGAGCGUUUCAACACCAAUUUCGGAGGUGUAUGAAAGCGAAAAGGACGAGGACGGAUUCCUGUACAUGGUGUAUGCCUCUCAGGAAACAUUUGGAAUGAAAUCUCUGUAAACCAUCCCCAGUGGCUUGUAGCCUAGGAUAGUUUUUACCCCUCCCUCCCACAGGAAAAAACAAAGGGAUGUCACCAACCUGCUCACAGUAGUUGUGCUUAGCGGGUGUUCUCACCGUACUGUUUUAUUUGUGAAUAUUGAACAGAUAAGUGCCAGUAUAGACAAGCAGCGCAGCUUUGUAGACCUGCUAUAAAAUUUGCACAGGCACAUUUGCUUUAAGCCUCUGGAAUUUUAAACUAUACUGUACAUGUGUGUGUGUGUGUUAAGUUGUCAAUAAAAGGGAUGUUUG